AAGCGACAUUUCCUGUUAAGACACUUUUGUUUUUUUUUGUGAGUGUGUUUGUGUGUGUGUGUGUUCAAUUUGGUAAUUACGGCUGUUUUCAUUCCCAUACAUUUAUAGUUUGUCUGAAUGGUUUCAUAAAUCCAAAGACUGAACAAUGCAACCACUAAACUGGAGUUUAGAGUUUGCAAAGGUUUUUGUCCAAACGGUCAAAUGAAUAAAAGUGUGUGUGUGUGUGUGUGUGUGUGUGAGUGACUGCAUGCUGGUACUUCCUCAAUGUCUCUAAUGUACCAGACAGGAACAAGAACCAGGGCGAGCAGCAUUGCUGCAGUAUGUUCAGUGAGUAAAUGUAGAUUUACUUGAGUUACUGAACUCGUACACAUUAAGGUCCAACAGCAGCAGAGUAACCGAUCAGCACAGGGAGUCCGGUGUCUCAGUCCUGCCAAGAUGUCCUCAGAUAUUUAUGCCAAACCACAUUCAUCAAAGAUGCUGAAAAACAUCGACAAAGCCGAGUGGCAGGAAAAGGACGUGGAGAUCUACGAGAGUGUUGAAGCUUUUGGAAAUGAUGACGCUGAUCUUCACUCACACGAAGGAGGACUGAACGAAGAGAAGCAUCCUACAGCCGUCCGAAGACGAGCUCUCAGCGGCGCUGUGGUUUGUUUGGGAGUGCUGUGCUUUCUGAUGCUAGCUGGAAUCAUCCUGUUAUCCAUACACCUCACUUUGAAAAAACACCAGCUGGAGGCCAGUUUCAACAAACUGAGCAACGACCACAUCCAACUCCAGGGAAACUACUCAGGCAUGGCAGUCAACAACAGUCAGCUGCAGAGCAGUUACCAAACCCUGAGCAAAAACUACAGUCAGCUACAGGAGGAGGUAAAGCGGCUGAAGGGCAUAAUUAAAGGCAGGAGGUGUCCUGACGGAUGGAAGAGAUUUGGAUGCAGCUGUUACUAUAAAUCCAGUUUGAAGAUGUCGUGGCAAAGAAGCAGAGAAGAGUGUCAGAGGUUCGGAGCAGAUCUGGUGGUUAUAAACACCAAAGAGGAGCAGAACUUUGUCUCUGAGCUGAAUGUAGAAGGAGAGUCCUGGAUUGGUCUUCGGCGACACAGGAAAACAUCCGGCUGGGACUGGGUCUGGGACUGGGUGGACGGAUCACCGCUGACAGAAACGUUCUGGGCAUCAAAACUGCUGCACGAGUCAGAGUACGCAUCAUGCUGCACUCCACAAGGACGAUGGACACAAAGCAGACAUGAUUAUAAGAAAUUAAUCUGUGAGCGGUAGAUGUCAGAGGGUGGUGUGGUGCGUCCUGAGGGGUUGGAGUGUUGUCAGCGUUAUUCUGUGUUGAUUAACAUGUGUGUAUUCAGUUCCAUCUCCAUCCCCCCACUGGACUGGCAGAGAAACUUGGGUGUGGUGGAGUAUCCCCCUCCAUUAGCCGGCUGAUGUGCCCUUGAGCAAGGCACUUAACCCCCCCAUAUGCUCCCUGGGCGCCUAAAGCGGCAGCCCACUGCUCCUGUGUGUUCACUGCAUGUUGCAUGUGUGUGUUUACAGUGAUGGGUGAAAUGCAGAGAAUAAUUUCCCAGUUUGGGAUCAAUAAAGUGAAUAAAAAAAAAAAAAAAUUAAAUUGUGUGAAGCUGCACUCUCCAAGGUGCUGAUCCAGAGAGCUUCCCCACCCACAGCGGUGGAGCCAGCAGGAACUUCCAGCCAGUAUCUACCACAUCUAAUCGCUGUCUUCACCUGUUUCAUACUGAAUCUGAUUUCCAGCUUAUCUCAGCUCUGUUUCUUGUUUAAUGCGCAGUAGUUUGACGGCUGCCAGGUGACUCAGACAGACAGCUUUGUUGGUUCAAGUGUCAAGAGAAUAAAACUCCUGAAAUGUU